UUUCAUAACGAGGAUUUCAAAAGGGCUGCCAUUUUGAACCGGCCUUCUUGGAGAGUGAAAUAACUCCACAAUUAUUUUUCGAAAUAUAUGCAACAUAAUGGGAUCGAGACAUUUACAAAGCACUGUUUUCGGAAGGGUAAAAGCCUUAAUAGCAUCGGGAGCCAAAAAGGACAAACCGAUUUGGUUUGAUGUAAUAGCUGCUAUCCCACCAGUGGUUGAAUCAAAAUUGAGUGACAUAGCAGAAGAAGGAAGGCCUCCAGUUAUAAGGUUUAAGGAAGAUGAUGUUAGAGAUGCAUUCACCGAGAGGUUUCCAUUUUUGAAAAGGUUACCAGUAAACCUUUUUGCCAAUACUAACGAGUCUGUUGGUGAAUCAGAAAGUACAAUAGAGACAGACAGAGAGAAAUACAAGAAAGUUUCAUCAGGCAUGCCAUCUCUAGACACAUUAAUAGCAAAAUACAAAGAAUAUGUUAAAACUGGCAUUGACUCUGACACAGCCAUUUCAAAGACAGUUGAGUGGGUUUUACUUGAAUUGCAAGAUGCAAAACUUAAGAGUACAUGGGCAAAACAAGUACAACAGCUGAAAAAACAAGAUAAAGACUUGGCAGAAAAUUACAAGGAAGAUGAAGACGUUUCAGAUGUUGUUGAUAUUGCAGAUUUAUUUAAAUUAUCAAAAUUUGACAGUAAAGCCAAGUAAUUUUGAAUGUUUUUAAUUCACAACA